GUUAACAUUGGGUGGGUGGGACAACUGGGUGUGACAACAUUUUAAGAGUGUUUUAUUUCGAGGGAAUAAAUAUUUCUUUUAUUCACAUGACAUCGGUUAAAACAAACACCGUCAUUUCGAAGUAGUUUUUGAUCGAUAUUUUGAACAAUAUCGCUUUUUGCGCAAAUGCGUGAAUGGAAUGCAAAUCAGCCUGACUUUCAGUAAUCAGACACUGAAAUACUUAAAUAACUUUUUCGUUUUGAACUCAAACACCCACAGCAACAUGAAGACGAUCACGUUACUCUUCAUCAUCUCUUUAUUAAUUUACGGUGUUGUUACAGAUGAGUCAGUGUCAGUGUAUGAGGGAGAUUCUGUUACUCUACACAAUGAUCUUACUGAUUCACAGACAGAUGAUCUGAUAGACUGGAGGUUUGGAGAUCAACAGGAUCUUAUAGCUAAAAUCAACAGAGCAGACAAUAAUUUACUCAGAAUAAAUGCUGAUGUUCUUGAUGGGAGAUUUAGAGAGAGACUGCAGGUGAAUGAUCAGACUGGAGAUCUCACCAUCACAAACAUCACAACUCAACACACUGGAGAUUAUCAACUAUACAUCAACGGAGAGACGAUCACAAGAAAGACCUUUAACAUUAAUGUGUCUGGGGAUAAGGUGAAGACAGUGAUGGUGGGAGAUUCUGUCAUUAUAGUCAAAAAUGUUAUCGAGAAACCAGGCGAUGAGAAGAUGAUGUGGAGGAUUCAACACAACAACUCUCCUGUUGCUAAAAUGACUGGAACAGAAUUAACUUAUGAUGUCCUUGAUGUGAGAUUCAGAGACAGACUUCAGGUGGAUGAUCAGACUGGAGAUCUCAUCAUCACAAACAUCACGCCUGAUGACUCUGGAUCUUAUGAAGUAUAUAUGACUGUCGGCAGACACAUAUAUACUAUACACAGAUCAUUCAAUGUCAAUGUCAAAGAGCAGAGAGGUCGGUCUACAAGUGAUGUAGCAGGAAUAUCUCUUAUCAGCCUGCUUAUUACUACUGCUGCUGCUGCUGUUGUUGUUGCUGGUGUGUUUUACUAUCACAAGAUCAGUAAAACAAUAAAAAUAUUGGAUGAAAAGAUUAAAGUGGAGAAAGGUCAUAAUGCUGUUCUACAGACUGGUCUGAAAGAACUAAAGGCAGGUGAUAAGAUUGAAUGGAGAUAUGGACAAGAUACAGAGAUGAGAGAUGCUUUGAUAAUGUGGCCAUGGAGAUCUCCAGGUACUCUCAUAGCUAAACGUGAUAAAGAAGGCUUCAACACUUAUAAUGGUCCUGAUGAGAGAUUCAAGUACAAACUGAGUUUGGAUCCUGAGACUGGAGAUCUCGCCAUCAAUGAUGUCAGUAAUAAACACUUUGGAGUUUAUCAACUAAAAUUCACCAGUGGUGGAAUAACCUCAUACAAGAGAUUCAAAGUGUUUGUCACAGGUACAACAAAACUGACGGUGUAUGAGGGAGAAUCUGUUCAUCUGGAGACUAAACUUACUGCCAUACAGAGAGAUGAUGUAAUUGAGUGGACAUAUCGAUCUGAAGACUGUGUCAUAGCUAAAAUCAAUCCUGCCAACAAUAUCUUCAGUACAUAUGAUGGUGAUGAUGGUGAAUUCAGAGACAGACUGCACCUGGAUCCACAAACUGGAGAUCUCACCAUCGAUGACAUCACAUGGGGACACCGUGGAUAUUAUACACUGAAGAUCAUCACAGAUGGAGAAACCUUAUACAGGAGACUCCUUUUGCCUGUCAAAUGGAAUACAGUGUGUGUGGAUAAUGGAUACUCUGUUGAUCUGGAGACUGAUCUUACUGACAUACAGAGAGAUGAUCUGAUAAAGUGGAGAUUUGGAGAAACUCUCAUAGCUGAAAUCAAUCCUGCAAACAAUAUCUUCAGGACAUAUGAUGGUGAUGAUGAUCUAUUCAGAGAUAAACUGAAUCUGAAUCAUCAGACUGGAGAUCUCAACAUCAAUGACUUCAGAAGGGAACAUAAAGGAGAUUAUCGACUGAAGAUCAUCAGAGGAGGAAAAACAUCAUAUAAGAGAUUCAGUGUGUGUCUUGGAUUUUCAAUGCUGAAGGUGGAUGAGGGGAAAUCUGUCAAUCUGAAGACUAAAGUUACUGACAUAAAGACAGAUGAUGUGAUAGAGUGGAGAUUCAAAGGAACUCUCAUAGCUGAAAUCAAUCCUGCCAACAAUAUUUUCAGUACAUAUGAUGGUGAUGAUGAUCUAUUCAGAGAUAAACUGAAGCUGAAUGAUCAGACUGGAGAUCUCACCAUCAAUGACUUCAGAGAGGAACAUAAAGGAGAUUAUAGACUGAAGAUCAUCAGAGGAGGAAAAACCUUAGAAAGGCUUAUAGAUCUGUUUAUCAGAUUUACAGGUGAAAUAGCAGGAAAACUGUUCACGAGCGAGGGAGUAUCUGUCGAUCUGGACACUUAUCUUAAUGACAUAAAGAGAGUUGAGAAGAUCGAGUGGAGAUUUAAUGAAACUCUCAUAGCUGAAAUCAAUCCUGCCAACAAUAUCUUCAGUAUAUAUGAUGAUGAUUAUGAUCUGUUCAGAGAUAAACUGAAGCUGAAUAAGCGCACUGGAGAUCUCACCAUCAAAAAGAUCAGAGAUGAACAUGAAGGAGUUUAUGAAGUGAAGAUCAUCAGAGACGGAGAAACCUCAUACAGAAGAACAAUUGUGUUUAUCUCUGGGAAAAAACUGGAAGUGUAUGAGGGAGAAUCUGUUGAUCUGAAGACUAAAGUUAAAGACAUAAGGACAGAUGAUGUGAUAAAGUGGAGAUUUAAUGGAACUCUCAUAGCUGAAAUCAAUCUUGCAAACAAUAUCUUCAGUACAUAUGAUGGUGAUGAUGAUCUAUUCAGAGAUAAACUGAAGCUGAAUGAUCAGACUGGAGAUCUCACCAUCAAAGACAUCAGACAGAAACACGCUGGACUUUAUAGACUGGAGAUCAUCAGAGAUGGAGAAACCUCAGACAGGUUUUUUACUGUGUCUGUCAGAGCUCCCAGAGGAGAAGAUCCAGUAAGGAAGAGAAAUCAGCAAUUAGUGGUGUAAGUGCAACACAACAUUACAAACACAUCAGCAUCACAUCUCUUAUAAGAUCACCACCCUCGUGUCAAUAAGUUUAAACAAUACACCUGUGGUGCUGAUGAACCGUUUCUGUUUCAAUAAAUAUCCAUAAAAGAAUAUUAUAUUCAUAAAAAAGGAAAGUUGGAAAACAUCUGUUGUUCAGAUUGAUCUACAGAUAAACUAUCUUCUUUAUUUUAAACAUUAAUAUCAGCUUUCAUAUCUGUUUCUAUAUACAGACAUUGUGUACUGCAUGUAAUAUUUGUUGUUUCAUUCAGCAGUAUUUCUGAUGUUUGUCUUUUUGUUGAUAUUAGUUGACAUCAAAACUGUCCCUGUAUCCAAGUAUUCAUACUUUCACUAAUGCACAGUGUGCAAAACAAAAAGUGUUUAUAUGUGAAUCUGUAGAUGAAACGGUGUUUUAAUGUUACACUGAUGAUCUGCUGAUCUUCACUUCUAGUUCAUGUCUAACCAGUGGUCAGUUUUCUAUCCCAUAAUGCCACAGAUGCCGAGGAGCCAUUAGAUUCAUGAAGUAAAACAAACAUAAAUACAUAUAGACUGGACUCAGGCAACUGUUAAGUAAUGCAGUUGUGUUGUGUUCCUGUAGUUUAACUGAUAAUGUGUGACGCUAGCAGCAGCUUUAGGUUUAAUGUCUCUCUUAUAUGUUUAUCAAUAUUAGCAGAUAUACCAAAGAAUAAAUGCAAUACAGGUAACAAAAACAUGAUUCCUGUGGUUAAAUUGCUCGGAUCAACAUAUUGUCACAUAUUUUCAGGAAUAUAUUUAUACUAAACACCUGUGUACAUGAAGCAUGAUCUUUAUUGAGAAGUAAAUAGCGUUCAUAGUCUGUAAAGUACACAGAUUCAACUCAUGUAGCUCUAAAAAAAAGUGUUUGUGUUGAAGACACUAGAAAUCAGAUUUUGAUGAUUCAGUGUUACAUUAGUCCCUUUCACACAUACAGUCUUUACUGGUAAUUUACUGGUAAAUUGCAGUUAACAUGUCAUGUGUGAACAGAACCUUUCCGGUAAAUCAGUGCUCCCAAUUUACCAGUAAGACAGGUUGUAAGAUUAACGGUAAUUUGCCGGUAAGCGCUGUGUGUGAACGAAAAAUAUAGCAUUACCGGCAUUUAGAUGACGUCAGACCGCGCUGACAGAUCGGGCGGGCCAAUCAGAAAGUUUUUUAUACAGGUGACGCAGACUGUUUACGGACGUUUCCACACACAUGUUGCUUAAAAGUCGAGCACACCUGAAGUUAACAUCCACAUUUCUUCACCAAAGUUGUUUAAAACAGCUUACCAUCUAAUUGCCAAAUUGCCGACGUCCUUAGCACACCAUCUGUGCAGCCUAAUGUGCAAACGCGCAGGUUCCGUUUGACGCCGCCUAACGCAAUGUUGUUUGGUCACAAGCAACUUCGCGACCGUUUGCCACAGAUGUGAAAACAACAAAAUACGAACCGUGGAUAUUAAGUCAUAACCCGCCGUUUACAAAUACGACACGGACGGAGCUCGCCGGCCGCGCGCCACAGGUAACUUCCGCUUUCUCUCCGAAUUUACCGGUAUUUUGAUACUGAUGUGUGAAUGAUGUCUUACUGGUAAAAAGACGGAAUGUCACUGCAUGUGUGAACAGCACAUUUUUGUAUUUACUGGUAAAUUCAUUCUGGUAAAUUCAUGGUAAUUUACCAGAAUUACUGUGUGAAAGAGGCUAUUGACUGAUAGAUUCUGUGUGUUUGCCAAAUGUUUACAUUUUAUACUCUGUACCUUGUUUUUUUAUUAUUGCCAGAAUUAAUAAUAAUUAACUACUAAGAUACAUUUUGUUAUUGUAUAUUAAUAUUGUUUGUGUCAUAGAGACUUAUACAGUACAGUACAUUAUACAAUAUGUUGUGUUUUUUCUUUGAUUAUUAGUGUGAGACUGAAUCAUGCAUCAAUUUAUAGCACUUAAUUCAAAGCUCCUAAUGUACUUAACCAAAUGUCUCUUGUCCUUCACUUUAAUCUCUUUUAUUUUGUCUUUCUAUGAACAUUAUGUGUAUUGUUACAGCAUUCAUAUGACAAAUCACUUUUUAUAUUCCUCAUUUGCACUUUAAUAAAUAAAAUCAUUUGAUAAAACUC